GGGGAGUGGAGCGGAUGGGGUGUUGGUGUUGUCGCCGCCGCCGCCACCGGGAGCUUGGGACCCCAGCGGACUCGCAUUGGGGCGCGCGGGGAGCCCCUGGGCCGUGACGUCAUGAGAGGUGUGAGGGAGGAGGAGGAGUCCCCUCUCACACACGCACAACCCCCCCUCCCCCCCCCAGUACUGCUGGCUGGGGUAGGCCAGGGCGAGUUCUGCCGCUCGGCUUUGGCGAGGGAGCUUUCAUCGGCCCUCACGAGCCCGCUGUGUCCCGGCAGUUGCCGGUGUCGCGACAGCCCUGGCUGUCGUGCCUGAGCAUCCGUUCUCGCGGCAGCGGCGGGGAGGAGGCGACACUCCCUGAGAGCGAGCUGCCGCCCCGCCGCCCGUUCUCCUCCCGCGGCCGACGAGCGGCGGAGAAACCGCAGGUCAGCUCAGCGUGUAACUGGGCUGCAGCGGUGGCAUCGUUUACGGGCUGGGCCUGUUUUACUGCGGGGAGGCUUCAUUGUUUGUUUUGUGCUGCUGGAAGCGGUGGUGGCGCCUGCUCAGCCUGUGGCACUCUCCUUUUCCUCGGAGAAUGCUAAUGGACGUUUGCAGCCAGCCUACAACUCUUAGGAACUGCAGCGUGGUUCAGCCUUGCAAAACUGAAAUGAGUUGCACAAUUGAAAAAGCCUUAGCAGAUGCAAAAGCACUGGUGGAACGGCUAAGGGAACAUGACAACGCAGCAGAAGCCCUUAUUGAACAGACUACAGCUCUUAACAAGCGGGUUGAAGCAAUGAAACAGUACCAAGAAGAAAUUCAAGAGCUCAAUGAAGUAGCAAGACAUCGUCCUCGAUCUACGUUAGUGAUGGGUAUCCAACAAGAAAACAGACAGAUUAGGGAAUUGCAACAGGAGAAUAAAGAACUACGCACAUCUCUUGAAGAACAUCAGUCUGCCUUGGAACUCAUAAUGAGCAAGUACAGAGAACAGAUGUUUAGGUUGCUUAUGGCAAGCAAAAAGGAUGAUCCAAGUAUAAUAAUGAAGUUAAAAGAGCAACAUUCCAAGGAGCUGCAAGUGCAUGUGGACCAAAUUACAGAAAUGGCAGCAGUAAUGAGAAAAGCCAUUGAAAUGGAUGAGAAGCAUGGCUGUAAAGAGCAGGAACGUAUCAUUCAGCUUGAGCAAGAAAACAAAGGCUUGAGAGAAAUUCUUCAAAUAACUAGAGAAUCAUUCCUGAACAUCAAGAAAGAAGAUGCAUCAGAGAGCACGUCUCUGUCAGGAUUAGUAACAAGCAGUGAUUUGAGCCUGAGAAAAAGCUGAAGACUAUGGGAGUCAACAAGCUUCAAUUGCACACUUUACAAACAGAGUAUCAGGGGUCACUUGUCAAGCACUUGUUACUGAAUAGGGCACCAGCAAGCUAAUGCAUCUUAAACCCCAGUUUAGUGGCUUUUAUACUGUGUAAAAUAAAUUGAAAUUGGUAUUCUACAAAAACCUUAGUGACAGCUUAAUUGCCAUAGAUCUAACUUCAGUAGGAAAUGGAUUCAUGCGCUUCCUGAAUUGGGAAUUAUUUUUAUAUAAAGCCAUUUUACAGAUAAAGAUUUCACAUUAUUUAUAUAAACUAUUGCUCAUACAAAGUUUCAGUGCACCUAUUAUGUAAUAAAGGUAAGAUUUGAAGUCUGAUCUCUGGCUAAAAAGUAGUAACUUAUGAGUAUGCUUUGUGCAUGAUCCACAUUACAUUUUUUUCCUUUUAGUAAGUUUUUUAAAAAAUUCUCAUUUUGCAACCGACCUGUUUAAUGGGAAGGGUACAUAGGCAGCAUAAAACUUAAGGAUUUCUGUUGUUUAGCUACAGAGUAUCCUGUUCAAAUAUAAGGCAAAUUGUUUAAAUAUAGGCAAUGCCAUUGAGGUUGUUCAUUUUUUUUAAUGGAACAAGAUUCUUUAAAGUACAUAUACUUAAUUGUAUUUUCAACACAUGAGAGGAGCUGCUCCCACUGUAUUGCUUUCUGGAACACAGCACAGUAUCAUUCUGCCUUAGCUUUUACUUUACUAUAGUUAAGAGGCCACAUUAGUCCUAUAGAUUUCUCCUCUUGAUUGCUCUGGCCAAACUUCCUAACUGGGAAAUGGCAAUUUGAAAGCACCCAAGUAGCAGCAGCAGAAGGGUGGUUGGGGGAAGGGUGGAGAAGCUCCAUGGCAUGCCUGCAAUCACUACUCUUAAAAAUCCUUCUUGAUGACUAUUUAGUACUUAAAGAAAAAUUAAGUAAGUUUCAGGUACAUGGUAUGUUUGCACUAGGAAAAGUUUGAGUAUGCUAUACUGACAAAUAGACUGCUUGCUUUUAAUCCUGAAAUACUUGAAGUGAAAAGGAAUGGGCUUUUCUAGAUCAAAGUGCAGCUCAUGUUGUAUGCAGAUGCGAUGGAAGUGCUACCAAGGCAAGCUUGUAGUAAAGAGCUGCCAAAAAUAAUUCAUAUUUGGCUUUUGUCAGACUAUAUCACUUCUUGGUCAAGGCAGCAAGAACAUUCCUAGUGUUGAUGUGUAUCAUCACUUUUUGUCCAGCACAUUAAUACAUUGUUUAUUUGGAAAGCAUACUCAAAGAAGCAGAGUGAAAGCUUUCAACCACAGACGACCAUACAUGCCACCCACAUUUGAAUAUUUUAGCUGUUUAAUAACUCAUUUAGCAAAAUAAGACAUACUCCUACUCUGAAAUAAACCAUCAUUUAAUCAAAUACGAUUUUCAGUUGCAACAAUGCAAAAAAGAAUUAAGCAUCAAGCACUUCUAAGCAUGUCAGUUUUAAAUACAACUUCCUUUGACUCAGUACAGCUUCCCUGAGCACAAGGUAAAUGCCCCACAGGUCAUUUAGGUGACCUUUCAGUUCCCAGUGACCUAAUUUAUAGGGAGCAUAAUAUUUUGCUGUCAGUUGCUGCCCUCCUUCCUGUAGUGCUUUGGAGGAAAAAAGUGAAGUGGUGGGAAAGGAGUGUUUAGCAGAGACAGUAAAUGCUAGUUUUCAAUUAACUAAUACGUAUGCUAGGAAAUGCAGUUGAAAGAACAGAUAAAUCAAGCUCUCCAAGUUUUCACAGCAUUUUUUAUAAAUGAAGAAACUGCUACUUCUCUUCCCAGAGCAUCUUAGCUUAGUUCUAGGCUUAAGAAUAUAUCAAGGACAUUCAUGUGCAUGGAAAAGAGUUUUAACCAUUUCCAAACUUCCUAAACAUCUGGGGGGAAUUUUUUGGGGAACAUUUUAGCUCAAGCAUAAAAUACACUUGUCUAUCUGUAAAACUUUGCCAAUGCUUCUAUAAUUUAGAUUUUGCAUUGCACUUGCAAGCUGGUGACUUAUCAGAAGCAACUUUUUUUUCUUUAAAUGAAGUGUGUUUUGUUGUUGCAAACUUACCAGAAAUUUUGGGUUUGGUUGAUUAAGUUAUUCUUUUCAGAAGUGUCUUUUCAGCCAUUGACUGGUAUCAGAAGCUUUUCUAUCCAUUUAAUGCUGAAUGCAGUUUCAUGGCUGACUUUCCAGGUUGUCUUUCAAUCUCCAGAGCUGUACAGCAGAGAAGGGUUGUUAGUCUGUGGCAGUUCUUUAAGGUUGCUCUAUUAUGAAAUAAUGCUUGAUUAGUGUUUAUUUUUGUAAAUUAAAAAAUGUGACUUAAUUUAUCUACUCCUAGUCUUCACAUUUGAUACGUCCCCCCAUCAUUGCCCUGACCCGAUCACUUUAGGAUUUUAAAGAACCUUCACGGUGUGUGGAGUGACUAUUUUUCAUUGCGUACCUGUUAUUUUUGUAAUGCAGAUGGCUUGAAAAGAAUUUAUGGCUAGAAUUGUGUACUGUACAGUAAACUUAUUUUAUCAAUAAAGUUCACUGAAAACA